CGGACUAUACCGAGGUAGACACUAGCUACCGGGCUGUGAUUAGUAACACUGACAACAAUGGCAGCCUCCAACACGGAACACCAUCACGCACGGAGCAACAAGAAAGCAAAUGGUGGUGAUUGUAACUCUGAUGAUGAUGAUGAUAAUGAUCCAGAGAACAAAAUGUUCAUCGACCAUGUCUCAGGAGCAAUAUUGAGGGAGAAACCCUAUGUGAAAUGGGAUGAUGUGGCUGGGCUUCAUCAGGCUAAGGAUUCAUUAAAGGAGGCAGUCAUUUUACCAUUCCAGUAUCCUCAUCUCUUUACAGGGCGUCGCCUUCCUUUCAGAGGAAUUUUGUUAUUUGGGCCCCCUGGUACAGGAAAGUCCUACUUGGCAAAGGCUGUGGCUACUGAGGCUGACAAUUCAACAUUUUUCUCCGUAUCAGCUGCUGAUUUGGUGUCCAAAUGGCCUGGAGAAAGUGACAAGUUUGUGAAAACUCUGUUUCAACAAGCAAAGGAACAAAGAUUUAGUAUUAUAUUCAUUGAUGAAGUGGAUGCCCUCUGCUCACCGCGUGGGGAGGAUGAGUCAGCAUCCAAACGAAUGAAGGCUGAGUUCUUGCUUCAGAUGCAAUGUGGGCUUGGUAAUGCCAAUACAAGGGUUAUAGUGCUUGGUGCCACCAAUACACCUUGGGUUCUUCAUCCAGUCCUAAGGAAAAGAUUUGAGAAGAGAAUUCACAUCACCUUGCCAGACAUUCAAGCAAGAACAGCAAUGUUUAAACUUCACUUAAGUUCAACACCUCACAGCAUACAGGAACAUGAAUUUAAACAACUCGGCGAAGGCUCAGAAGGGUAUUCGGGAGCAGAUAUAAGUAUUGUUGUACGAGAUGCUCUGAUGCAGCCUGUAAGAAAAGUACAGACAGCCACACACUUCAAGACAGCACGAGGUCCCUCCAGAGGUGACCCUAAUGUGAUAGUCGAUGAUUUGCUGACACCUUGCUCUCCGGGUGCUGCUGGUGCCGUGGAAAUGAGCUGGAUGGAUGUUCCCGGAGAAAAACUACUUGAACCUAUUGUUAGUUUGAGUGACAUCUUUAUGUCAUUGAGUACCUCAAAACCAACUGUCAGCGCAGAGAAUUUGAUGCUUCAACAAGAAUUUUCAGAUAAUUUUGGCCCAGGAUGACGAUGCUUCGUCCAUUGUUUUUGUUGUGAACAUUAACAGUGCCAUCUUUAUGUUAUUGGAGGGAAACUCCUGACAUAUUAUUUCAUGUUUCCUCCUUCGAAGAUCCUUCCAUGCAAAACGAGACAGACUCACCAUAUUAUACCCCCCAUUAAUUAGUAAAGAGGAUAUAUAAUAACCCAUUUUUCUGUGUCCAUGCGUACAGGCAUCUGUCCAUUAUAAACUUGUGUACAAUACAUAUAUUGAAACCCUGGACAGAUUUCUUUGCAAGGGAUUAGAUUUUGGUGGUCUUCUGUCAAGGUUAAUGCCAAAGGCUGCACUUUACCAUUUCAAAAUAAAAAGCUCCGUACAAGAUAUCGCAUGAACCCCUGGACAGAUUAUUUUAUUGAUGAGGGAAGUGGGUAUAUCUGUGUUUGAAAAUAUUCUCCCCCAAUAUCAUGAUAUAUCAUUUUACCUCCAGUGCAUAAUAUUGCUAAUCAUGAACAUGUCUUGCCUUUCAAACUUGAAGAUGCCUUGGCACUGAAUUGAUUAUGUAACAGAAGGAGGUGUGAAAAUUUUAGUGAGGUGGGCAUCUGGAUCCUCUGGCAACUUAUUUGGACAAUGUUAAAUAAAUAAUGUCUGUGACAAAAAUUUAUAUCAUACAGAGUGAUCAUAUAUUAAACGACUUCUCAUUAACCAAGAGGCAUAGGGUCGGUGGCAUUACAUUCUGAUAUCAGAGUUACCUCCCUUCAUUACACUUUGUCAGUGAUGGUAUUUCGAUAGUUUGACAGCUGAUAGGAGUGAGAAUGGUGGCAUGAUAGGAUAAAUGGGUAUUAAGUUUGUUCAAAGGAGCGACCUUGAAAACAAAUGUACUUUCAAAGCUAUGUAUGUUAAAAUUUUAAAAUGGCUUCUCAUAACCAAAAAGUGCAAGGCCUUGACAUGGAGCCAGUAGCAUGGUUGGAUGAAGGGCUACAAUGUUUUAUUCAAAUGAAUGUUAAAGCUUACUCUCAAAUUGGAAUGAAGGGGUAGAUACAAGCCCACAGGGUCUCUUGCCUUUAUUAGGAUGUUUGCCUAUCUAUGCCUUUUUGAGAUUCAAUAGAGGUGUCAUACUGUACAAAUGUAUUAAUGAUCUUUUACCUAAAUACCUUGGUAAUCAGUUUGAAAAUUUUCUACAUGUAACGACACCUGUACAGGAUCUGCUUCCAAAAACUUUAUACAAGUAUGUAACCCAUAGUUUGUAUUGAAAGGUGCUCACAUCUUGUGUGUCUGUUGUGCAAUAUCCUUUAGAGGAAGGGAGCCAAAUCUGGAAUAAUUCACCUGUUGAUCUAAGACUUCCAGCCUGAUCUCUACCAAAUUAAAAACAAAAUUUGAUUGAAAGCAUCUUAAGGAUUAAUUUAGUUCUUAUUCCCUGCUUUCACUGAAAGUCAUGCAUAGUUUCCAUAGUGUACCUUCAACAAAUGUUCACAGAUUUUCCUCAAAUUUGAUAACAAGAUGAAAUGCCUUAAGGGCUCGCAAGUAUCUGAUUAUCAUCAAGCUUAGUAACAGAGUAUAAAAUAACUCUCCCAAAUAUUUUUUUCCCUGAAAGUCUUUAAAAUUACAGUAGGAACAGGAUUCAAUGUAUUAAAGGCUCAACCAAAUUCAUGAUAGGGUUUGGUAAUGGCAGAUGAGAAGAAAAGUCUUGCAAUGGUGUAAUAUGUCAGGAAUGCGGGGGAUAUAAAUUCUACAACCUUGCUUGUUACCUUUGUUAUUGAAACUUCUUAAUAUGUAUUUUGGAUUGCACUAUUUACGCUACAUUACCAUGUGUUCAAUUUAUUGGUUUCUGUAACAGUACAUAUUGGUUUUUUUAACUGACCAUAUUGGUUAAGAAUUGGAGUUGUACAAAUUUAUAUCUUUUCUUCUGUGAUAAUUUUAUUGUGAUUAAAAUAUGUGACCAUAUCAUA